AUGAGCCACACUCUGAAAAUCUUCGAAAGAGUACUUGAAAGACGACUUCGAGCGAUUAUAGAGUUGCCAUCCAAUCAGUGCGGAUUUGUAAAGGGUGUCAUAUGGUGGGCGCUGCGAAAGCACAUGGUUCCAGAAGUAUACAUCCCGUGGAUAAAAAUGAUCUAUCAUGGAGCCACGAGCCAAGUGCGAACCGCGGCAGGACAGUUCAAACCAUUCCGCAUUGACCGGCGUGCAUCAGUUAUUGGUGCUUUCUCCUCUACUCUUCAUCACAGUAAUGGAUGCAAUGACGGAAGGUCUCAAGCGACAGCCUCCUUGGACUCUCCUGUAUGCAGACGAUAUGGUGUUGAUGGCAGAAAACAGAAAAAAAUUUGA